CUGAAGUUCUCCAAAUAACACAGAACAACAGCAACCAAAAUGAAGUGUGUUGUAGCCAUCGGGCUUCUCUGCCUUGUGGCAGUGUACGCCAGGGAACUUGGCGAGGAGGAGAGGGACCUCGUGGCCGCAGCGAGUGGCAAGGCGAGCCACCACGAGGAGGGUGGCGGCCACGAGCAUCAUGCACAUCAUCACCACGACCACGGCAGCAAGGGCCACAAGGGUCACAAGGGACACCACCAUCAUCACAAAGGCGAACACGGCGACCACGGAAAACACCACCACGAGGGACAUCACCACGAACAUGGUGGUGGCCAUAAGAAGCAUUGGGAUGAGCAUGAUCAUCAUGGCCACCAUCAUGAGCACGGACACCACCAUAAAGGAGGUAAACACGGUCACCACAAGCAUCACGAUAAGGGAGAAAAAACCGAUGGCUACCACAAGAAAUAUCACAAGGACCACUUCCACAAGGACCAUCACUUCUACGAUGACCAUCAUAACGAGGGCAAGCACCACAAACACGGAGAUCAUCACGGACACCACGAACAUCACGGAGGAGAACACAAGAAGGGUGGACACCACGAGAAAGGACAUCAUGAACAUCAUCAUGGCAAGCACGGUCAUCACGACAAGCAUCAUUACGACGAGGACCACCACGGGCACAAGGGCCACCAUGGUCAUGAGGAACAUCAUCAUCAUCAUCAUGAUCAUGGCAAGAAGGGCGGUCACCAUGACCACAAGGACUGGGGAUUCCACCACGGAAAGCACUGAUUUAUGCCAACAUGCUGUGAUAGUCCAUUGAAUAUUGUACUUUAGUUAGAAGUUAGCGAUGCCUAUGUUUUCGAUAUUUUGACUUUCUACUUUCACUGUGACUUACGAAAACUACAACUUCAUUGUACAAUUUAAGUUUCUACGAUCUUUUCAAACUGUUUAUUCUCUCUCGACUGUUCAUUUCACGGUCGCAUUCGCGGCGACCUUUAUUCUGUCUAUUGAUCAAAGCAUAGGAAAAAAUGUUUGUUUUUAUACACAGUUAUCGAUUUUUU